AUGCAGCUUAUUGUUGGAGAUAUGGCACCUACUGCUGUGAGAACGUGGAAACCGCUGCCUGUGGGGGUAGUUAAAGUGAAUUGGGAUGCCGCCGUUAAUAAAAAUGAGGGUUGCUUAAGGAUUGGGAUUGUUGCCCGUGACUGUGAAGGUGUGCUACUGGGUGCAAAAUGUGUGUUUUGUUUGAUUAAUGCAAAUCCAACGGUGGCUGAAUCUUUGGCAGCUAUUUAUGCAAUAAUUUUUUGCAAAGAGGUGGGGUUUUUUGACGUGAUAUUCGAAGGAGAUGCGCUUCAAGUUGUAAAAGAAAUUCAGUCGACCCCUCCUCAUACUAGCAGGUUUGGGCAUUUUGUAGAAAGCAUUCGAUAG